AUGGUAGAAGCAAGGUCGUUGGCAAAUCUGGUGGAAUUAGCGGACAAUCCACCAAUUCACUACCAGGAGAAUGUUGACGCCUACAACCAACCUCUUGUUCUCUACGUCGCACGCGUGCCUGGAAGCAAAGGUAUGAUCACAAUAGUACUUACUCAACCCUCUGUAACUAAGAAUAAUCGCCUAGAUUUCUUCCUUACCACGAUUAAGCCACUUGAAAAGAUGGUGAGAGCUGAAGAUGUGCAGAGCUGCCUAUACUACAUUCAUGUGGGCAGCAAAAGGGACGAGGAUCUACGUCGCGAGGAGAAAGAAAGGAUAGAUGAGGAGCAAAACAACCAGAUUCACGAAAGCAUAGAAGAGAAAUCUGGUGUUCCCGCCAUACGCAGAAAGCCACUACCUUUGAAUCCAGCUCUAUCGCCUCAAAAAAGACCAGAAACUCCGCCGAAGGUGUUCCCACAUUACCAACCUCUUUCAAGAUCGACCUUCACCCCUGAGUCAGGCGAGGCUGUCAAGGACUGGAAACCUGCGUCUACAUCACCAAAACGAAAGAUCGUGGGCCCUCGUCUAAUGCAAAAUCAGCCUUGCCCAAACCAUCAACUAGCUGAAAGCUCUCUGAGCAACGAGAAUGUCGACAUUCGGAGCCUAGCUCCAUCUCUUCCUUUUAGGCAUGCUACCUAUAUCCAAAAACAAAGAGAAUUCGACAUGGCUUACGCAGCCAAUGCCGCACCGUUGGUGCACACAACGAGGGAGGGUCAGGGCUAUCAAAGCCCCCUCAAAAACACGAAAACUUGCACCUCUGCCCCUUCCCUGACCUUAAUUCGACGCUACGACGCUAAUCAGUUGAACGCAGCCACAAUACAUGCAGAUGGUCGCCUCAUAAUCAGCUGUCCUGGAUAUCAGAAAUGUGGAUCGCAAGAAUUUUCGAACGGCAAUAUACCCGAUCUGCAAGACGGUCAAUUUCCCGAAGAGCAACAGCCUGGCUAUGAGUGUAUCCUGCAUUUAACGAGCAGAUCGCAGUCGCACGGAGAUUGGGCGGGAGCGGAGUCAAUUGAGUCGUUCCAAGGUGCGCAAAGGAAAAGGUCAAGUUUGGACGUACGGAGAUACAGCCAGCAAGUUUUGAGUGAAAGCGCGAUGAAGAACCAUGAACAUCUCGGUGGGCCGGUAGCGACUAGCCAAGGCUACACCUUUAAAACACCAUGGAACGGGAUUUGUGAGUUCAAGACAGGGGUCGCAGGUCGCUCCGUGAAGUGCAAAAGCCUGCCGACAACGAGCGCUAAGCCAGAUACAAUCAGUGACCUUCGCUUCAACCUCCCGAGCUCUCAAAUGCUGCGUUCUUCUCCAAAUGUACCACAAGCCGGAGCUGUGGGUGCUACGAAGCGUACAUCGUACUUAGGGAAGCGGCACCACCGCGUCACUACUUCAACCUCAGAAGACAGUCCACACAUUACUCCUGCAGAUGUGCCUGAUGAAAUCAAUCUCGACUUGUCCUUAGGCCAGGAACACGCUGGAGGCGGCUUUGGUGGGAAGCAGGCCAAAUUGGGGAAGCUCGUAAUCGAGCCUAAGGGGAUGCAGAUGCUUGAUCUCUUAGUGGCGGCGAACAUGUCCAUAUGGUGGAAAGUGUAUGGAAAACUUACGUGA